CUAUAACUAUCUGCAACAGCACACAGACAAAGCCCACCGUCACACACAGUACACACACUGGGGGUUCAAGGAAGCUCUUGAUAAGGAAAACCCAGAAGCCAAAUUAAGCUAAAAGAUUUCAUUUUUAGCAUACCCUGAUAUGGAGAUAGAUGGCAGCGAUGUUCAUAUUGACAAGGAGCCGGAUGGUGUCAUUAUAUAUGCAAAUGAUGUCACCAUCAGUUCAGGUUGUGGGAAUGCCUGCGAUCAGGAUGUCGCACAGCUGCCUGAGAUUAUCGACAUUGAUCCUCAACAUGUUGAUGUAUCCGAUGAGAAUGGCGACUGUGUGGUGAAGGAAUGCAAUAGUGUCAAGCCUGAGGAAAUAAAACCUUGUCAGCAGGAGAGUUCCGUGGAGAGUGUUGCUGAAUCCAAGAGUGGAACCGAGAAGAAUGGUGUGAAAUCGGAAGGUCAUAAAGCAAGAGAUCAUGAUAAGAAGACACAGCCUUGUGGGAGAAAAGUUACCAAGCCAGCUGUUGGGAACUGCAAAACAAAAUGCACAGUUCCACAGCCAUUUGCUCUGGCAACUGAAAGACGUGCUUUACAUGGAGCUCGUCCCAACGGAGCUGAGUGCGACAACACCACUGGUGGAGACAAGCCAUCACAUAUUCGUGUCCCGCUACAGCCUAGUUCUGUUAAACAGAAUAUGAUAGUCACACCUGUUGUCCAAAAGAAGCCACCGCUGCCCGACAACAAGAAGCUAGUUGAUGAAGAUAAUUGCUCUGUUACCUCAUGUAUUGUGCCAGCAAGAAAGUGUAAGAUAACAGUUGCCUCAGCCCCAACCUUUAAAAGCAGUGAACGUGCUGAAAGAAGAAGGGAGUUUUUCACAAAAUUGGAGGAAAAACAUCAGGCACUGGAAGCUGAGAAAAAUCAGUAUGAGGCAAGGACUAAGGAAGAGUCUGAAGCAGCAAUCAAGCAACUAAGGAAGAGUUUAAAUUUCAAAGCAAGCCCAAUGCCGAGCUUUUACCAUGACGGACCACCUCCAAAAGUCGAACUGAAAAAGCCACCUCCAACUCGAGCAAAAUCUCCAAAGUUGGGUAGAAGGAAGAGCUUCAGUGACUCAAAAGAUUCCGAUAGAGGGGCAGAAGAAGGUGGCCACGGUUUUCACAUUUUAAGAGACAGGUCCUCGAACAGGAAAAGCGGAAGUGAUAAACAGAACGGCUGGAAAAGUCGAGAACAAGGAGGGAAGAUGGAUGAAUCGUUUACAUCUAACCUGAUGGGCGAGAGACACAUGGACAUUGCUGUUCAUUCUUGAUGAGCUGCUGUAAGUUAUUUAAUUAUUUAAUGUCGAAACCAAAUUGAUCUAUCGAGAGAUGAAAACCUUGUCUUGUGCCUUGUGGAUCCAGAACCCGUUCGAGUGGCUUGUUUUUAUAUUUAAUGUGUGAACGUGUAAAUUUCUGUAACUUAUUUAGAUGCAUUUGCAAAAGAUUAUGAAUUCCCUUUUCAGUGUUGCAAAUCAUAUCUGAGUUUAUAGGGUA